AUGGUGACCGGCCUGACUGUCGUGGCCCUUUGCCAAAUCGGCUGCGCUCUGGCCCAAAAUCUCGCAACCCUCAUCGUGCUACGAUUCCUCAGCGGCUGCUUUGGUGCCGUCGCUUUCAACUCGAUAGGCACUGUUUCUGAUCUUUGGGACUCGGAUGGCCAAGGAUGGGGCGUCAACACCUUCGCCCUCUCUGCAGAAGGCGGUGCUACCGUAGGACCCAUCGUGGGCGCAUUUAUCGUACAGGAUGCCGGGUGGCGAUGGACCUUUGGCGUGGCUGGUAUCGUGCUCGCCUCCCUCCUCGCCAUUUUUGUCCUCACCGUGCCAGAGACGAGGGCCGGCGUCAUCCUCACUAGGAGAGCCAAGAAGAUGCGUCGCAAGGACUCGAGGUAUUACGCCAGCCACGAGAAGCUCCGGUCGCAGCGCACCUUGAAGGAUAUCUUCAAAGAAACCGUGGGACGGCCUCUCCACAUGCUCUUCUUCGAACCAAUUGUGUUUUGGUUCACCCUCUUCGAUGCAGUCAACUAUGCGGUGAUCUACAUUUGGCUGGAGUCUUAUCCACUGGUCUUCGCACAGUAUGGAUUCGACGUUGGACAGCAAGGGCUGACGUUUAUCGGCGUCCUGGUGGGAUUUUUCAUCGCGUUCGCGUUGUUUGAGCUGCAGUUGAGGUGGUACAAGCACGCGGGCACGAAGAGGCCUGGCGGCAUUCCUACCCCAGAAGACCGGCUACUGUGGGGCAUCCCUGGUGGAUUUCUGUUCCCCAUCAGCCUGUUCUUCUUCGCUUGGACAUCCAGGCCGCCAGUGCCCUGGAUCGUGCCUACCAUCGCCGGCGGGCUCUUCGGUGUCUCGUCCCACACGCUGUUCCUCAUCGUCUCGGACUACACGGUCAGCUCAUACUCGAUCUACGCCGCCUCGGCGGUGGCAGCCCAGUCGUUCUUACGAGAACUCUUCUGUGGAAGCUUCACGUUGGUCACCGAGAUCAUGUAUCACAACGUCGGCUACCAGUGGGCCAGCUCGAUCCUCGCCUUCAUCGGAGUACCGCUGUCCAUCAUUCCGUUGGUGUUCUACAAGUACGGGCCCACCAUCCGAAAAAGGAGCAGCUUUGCCAAGGAGCUUCAGAUCGUCGAAGAGCGCGAGAAGCGGCGACGGGCCAAACUCGAAUCCAGAGCGACCACUUUGACCGCAGAAGCCAGUCGCAAGGCUUGA